AUGUCCAAGAUUUUCAUCACAGGUUCAGCGGACGGGCUCGGUCUGCUGUCUGCGCAGGCCCUGGCGAGCCGCGGGCACCAGGUAUACCUACACGCGCGCAACGCCAAGAGGGCCGAGGACGCGCGCCGAGCAUGUCCGCAAGCGACCGACUGCCUCAUCGGAGACCUGUCUUCCCCUGCAGAGACCAAAUCGCUGGCUGAGCACUUGAACGAAAAGGGCCCCUUCGAUGCCAUUAUCCAUAAUGCCGCAAUUAUGCACGGUGGCAGUCGGGGUGCUCUUUUCAACAUAAAUACCUUGUCCCCAUAUCUACUCACUUGUCUCGUUGACCCGCCACCAAAAAGAUAUGUGUUUCUCAGCAGCUCAAUGCAUCAAGGCGGAGAUGCUUCUUUGAGCAACAUUGAGCAGUGCAGAUACAGCGAUAGCAAGCUCCAUAAUAUCAUGCUCGCCUUUUGGUUCUCGAAAAAGUUUGGUCCCGCCGUCGCUUGCAAUUCAAUGGACCCGGGUUGGGUACCGACCAAAAUGGGUGGUUCCGGGGCCCCGGAUGAUAUCAAUGCCGCCGUUGAUACGUACGUCUUGUUGGCCGAAGGAAACGGAGCCGCGGAAGGACAGUCGGGCAAGUAUUGGUAUCAGAAACGAGAGAAAAGUUGCAAGCCGGCUGCCUCGGAUGAGCAGAAGCAAGAUCAAUUGAUCAAGCUACUGCAAGAUAUCUCUGGAGUCUCUCCGCAAAAGUGA